UAGCCAAUCAAUUGAUUAAAUAAUUAGUUGGCAAUUAUAUUUGAAGUUCAAAAAUUGUUGGCGUUCGAAUAAUUCUUGAAUUUAAAUAGCUGAGAGUUCAUAGUGAAAAAAUACACUUAGUGAUAUUACAGUAAAGAACAGUUUUUUCCUUUUGAUGCAAACAUCUUAUUGAACUAGAAAGUGAGGGAAAUGAUUAAAUUAACGACAACAAAUAAAGGAAUCCUUAUAUUAUUUUUAAUAAAAAUAAUUCGCUAAACAAACAAGCUAUUGAUAUUUGUUGUUUAAAAUUUUAGAUGGAUCCAACGAAUACUUCGGUGAAAUCGGAAUGUGAAUUUGCUUCAGAACGCAUUACAAAUGACUUUACCACAAUGCAUAACAACCAGUAUAACAAGGUUCCUUCAAACUUUCAUGGUAACAACAGUGGACACUAUGUUAAUUAUCAAACUUAUAUACACAACUCAGAAGAUUUAGGAAGGAUUAAUGAACAUGGAAUUAUGCAUAGAGAAGCAUCUUUUGAUCAAAUGCACUGCGGCCAAAAUAUUAAAUCUGAGAGUGAAUACUCUUUUUUACACACUAAUGCUGACCAUUUAAGUAAUGUUGAAAAAAGCAAUAAAUCAGAUGUUCAAACAGCUGAAUGCGAUGAUAUACCCGUCAUAGUAAACGGAAAAUAUUUCAAAAUUAUAGAAGAGAUGAGUGCUACUGAACAUCAGCGGGUGACACGGGGUAUUGUAGCUGUAUGCCAACAUUGUCCACGUGAAAAGGUGAGAUCUAUACAGGGUUCUAUGCGAAUUACAUCGAAUUUCGUUCGUCAUUUAAAAACUCUGCAUCCAGAAAAGUACGAAGAAUUCAUUAUUGAAAGACAAAAUCAUUCGCGUACACCCAGAGGAAGACGUACUCAAAAGCGAAAAGCAUCCCAACUAGGGGAGGGACAGAAUGAAAAUAACUCAAGAACGGAAAACUAUAUGAAUGACGACAAUAAAGAACAAAGCUCAGAAGGUGCUUCUAUAUAUAUUGAUGACAUGCAACCAACGUCGAGUGGCUUUCUAGAUUAUAUUUGCAGUAACUCCGACUUGUAUUCAGCUGAAUCCAAUGAUACACAUAUAUCGGAAGAAAGUCUGGAGAAAAGAGAGACAGUCAGCACAUGCCAAUUAACAUGUGAUCCAAACGAGAUUCCUACAAUAUUAAAUGGCAAAUAUUUUAAAAUAGUCGAACAAGAUAUGAGUAGCAAUCGCGUUUCGAUUAGCGUUGUAGCUGCUUGUCAAUUCUGCGACAAUGAUAAAUUCGUGAAAGGGCCACUAAGAGUCACUUCAAAUUUUGUACAACAUUUGCGUUCAUGCCAUUUCAAAGAGUAUAAUAUGUAUUUGCAAGAGAAAUUCAACAGUAGUACCAGAUGCCGACGUUCGCUUAAUAGGCAGCAAACACAGUUACCGUUUGUGGAAAAAGUUUUGAAUUUUAUUUUGUUAUCAAAUAUUCCAGUUUCUGUUUUAGAAGAACCAUCUUUUGUUGAACUUUUUCGGAACACGGGAUUAACAAUGUGCUCCUGUGCGCAGUUACUCGCUCGCUUAGAUGAUAUGCAUGUCGGCUUCGUAGAGAAUAUUAAGCGUAAUUUGGAGGAGAUACCGUAUAUUUGCGGUGCUGCUGAUAUAUGGACCAGUCGGAAAACACACUAUUUUGGCUAUAGUAUUUUUUGGUUGGAUAAUGAAUUAAAACGUCAAAUGGCUGUUUUAGCUUGCGUUAAGCUGAGUAACUCACCCACUCACAAGGAAAUCGAAGCUGUGAUAACGCAAAUUCAAAAUAAGUACGAUUUGAGCGAUGAAAAAAUAAUUUAUAAUGUGAUUGAUAAUGUGCGCGAUUUCGUACAAACUUACCAUAAUUUUAGUAUUAAAAGCAUCUGUCCCGAUGACCAUAACGACGAUCUCAAUAUAUCUUAUAGUAAUGCCCAAGGCCUACUGAAUCAACUUUCGAAGCAAUUUAAACAUGGUGAGCAUAGUCUGCAUUUACUGACAGUAUUUGAUUUCGAUAGAAUAUUGAAGUCCCAUGACAGACUGCAGCAUGCCUUAACGCGCUGUUUAAUUUUAUUAAACAAAUGCAGCGAUGUUGAUGCUAAUGAAAUUGCGAGAUUUUUAUUUGAAGGCCAUUUGCCACUAUCUGAUGUGCGUUGGCCAAUAUGGUAUACAUCGUUAACACAACUUAUCAAAGAAAAACACAAAAUAAACGAGUUAUGCAAUUUUUUAAACCAACCCAAAUUAGUCCAAAUCGACAUAGAAUAUCUGGAAGACUUUUGCAUGAUACUCAAGCCAAUUGCAGAUGCUAUAGAGUUUUUGCAGCAAGGCAAUUAUUUAUAUUUUGGUUAUUUUCUGCCAUCUCUUGUUACAAUUAAGGUGAAAUUGAAAAAAUUACAUGAAAGUAGACACAUAAAACACUUGCAUACUGUGGCACAGAAUAUGAGUGAUGCUUUAUUGUGUCGUUUACGAAGCUAUUUUGAGGUUACCCCUGAGUGCAACGAUGCCUUAAUUGCAGCAGUAGUUUGCCCUGCCGUAAAAAUGCGUUUUGUGGAAGCUUUGCGUGAGACAGCACCCAAUAUUACGACCGAUAGGAUAAUGCUUCUUUUUAUAGACUAUGCACAAGAGUUCUAUAUAGAUAAUGAACAGGCAGAGGAUUUAAGGGAGCAGCGGCCGCCAUCUGUAGAUUCAUUUCUCUGCUUUAAUCCGGAUGAUAACGAAGAUCCGCCAUUAGAUAAUAAACCAUGCAUCGCUAUACGUAGAGAGUUCUCAAGUUAUUUGCACGAUGAUGAUAAAACUUUAUCUUGCUUAAAUCGGUAUCCAAUUGUGAAGAAAGUUUUCCUUAAGUACAAUACCUUGCCAGCUACUUCAAUGCUAUUGGAAAAAUUUUUCCGCACAUUUCUGAAUGUAAUUAAUGGACAAAAAGGUCAACAUCUAACUGAUGAGCAUUUAGAGCGUCUUGUACUUACUAAGGUGAAUAAAAUAUUGUAGAAAAAAUAGAUGGUAAAUUAA